AUGGUCGCUGACGCGGCUCUGGCGUCGGGCAUGCAAGAUGAGAUAAGCUUCCCUCGCGGCGGGGUACGGACGAGAGAUGGUUUGAAGGAUGAUGGGCAACAACACGACCAGGGCAUCGACGAUUGCGCGACCAGGCUAUAUGUAUUGGAUCGUGUGGGGCUGGCUAGUGUCGAGGAUGCAGAUGCAUGGCGGGCUACUCUACUGGAAGCGGAAGCGGCAUCGGGCUGUGCAUUGGCAGGUACGAAGAGGGAGGGGAGGGGAGGUGAGAGAUACGCAAGCAGCAGAGCGUGGAUGCUGCGAGCGGCAGUGUUGGGUAUUGGAUUGAAGGGCUUGGGAGAGUGGAGUUAUAAUGAUUGUCCCGAAAAGAAGGAGGGUGGAGGGAGACAGCCAACCACCAGCCUCCUCCAAGGCGAUAGUGAGAUAGCGGAGAUUGGAUAG